CAGUUUUGGCUUACUCGUGACCGCAGCUAGAAAUCUUUAAACCGAUCAGUCAUUUAAAAAGAACAAUAAUAUUCUAGAAUAAAUAAGAAUUAACAGGAGUAAUAAUCAACAAAUAUUAAGAAGAAUGUAAGAGGUAUGGGAUAGUAUUAAAAAAAAAUUAACUCGAUUUAAUUUCUUUAAAUUUUUCAAAGAUGAAUUGAAACUGUGUCGAAUAUUUUUCUCAAGUAUGCUCGGUCAGUAAUGGGAUGACUUAUUAAAACCAAUUGUAAAGUGAAUUUGAGAAACUGAUAAUAUUCUUUGCAAAAAGAGAGUUCCUUAUCUUGCGGUUGCCAUUCUCAAUUAAGGGCAAUGUAAAGUAACAUGUCAAAAUUUCGUCAAAAAGAACAUCCAGGCUAGCGAGGAAUAAUCUUUCCUUGCUUUGCGAACAGAAUGAAGGAGAAAUCCAAAAAUGCUGCUCGCUCUCGCCGAGAGAAAGAAAACGCUGAGUUUUUAGAACUGGCUAAACUCCUUCCACUUCCUCCCGCCAUUACUAGCCAACUGGACAAAGCAUCCAUCAUCCGUCUCACAACAUCCUACCUAAGGAUGAGGGAAGUCUUUCCUAAAGGUAAGCUUAAGUGUACUGGUUCAUCGGGUGAAAACAA